GUCAACAGGCUGCUCGAGUAACGUUACGAGUGAAGAAAUGCGUUCGCCAUUCACACUCGCUGCUAUGGGAAGAAAACUAAAUGAUGAGAAGGUAAACGAGUGUCACAGAGCAGUAACCAGGUUCGUGGUGAAAGGGUUACACCCAUUCUCAACGGUGGACCAACCAGAUUUUAGGGAGAUGAUCAGGACAAUAAACCCCAGGUAUAAGCCACCUUCAAGGGACUACCUUAGCAACAGCUUGAUCCCUGCAUGGUACCAAGUUGAAAAAGAAAACUUGUUAUCUGCUGUCAAGGAUGUUACAAAGGCAGCCAUCACAGCAGAUGGAUGGACUAGCCUGGCCCAGGACCAUUACCUCACAGUCACACUCCAUUACACCAGACAGGGCACUACUGUAGGGAAAGUCCUUAAAACUAAAGCAGUAUAUGAAGCCCAGACUGGUGAUGCUGUGGCUGAAGAAGUUGAAGCAAUGCUGAAGGAAUUCGAAGUUAGAGAAAAGGUUGUUGCAGCAACAGUGGACAAUGCAGCGAAUAUGGAUGUUGCUGUGAAGAAGAUGCAGGUUUUGAAGAUCAGCUGCUUUGCACACACAUUAAAUCUCGCCGCACAAAAAAUUAACAAAUGCAGCAUUGUUUGCAAUUGGUCUGCAAGAGUACGGGCUAUAGUUGUUUGGAUGAAGAGGUCCCACAUGGCAAAGGUCAUUUUGAAGGAAAAGCAGCAAUUACUGAACCUCGCUCAGCACUCACUAAUUGUUGAUGUAAAGACACGAUGGAAUUCUCUUUAUCUGUUGAUUGAGAGGUUCUAUGAGCAGUUCCCUGCUAUUCAAGCAGUAAUAAUGGACCCGCGGAUAAAAAAACAAUCUGAGAAGGAAAAGCUGCUUGAGAAACUGCAAAUGGAGGACUUCAGGAAGGCAAAGGAGUUCAUGGAGUUGAUGUCUGUACUCUACACGUCGACACUCUGUGUAUCUAGUGAAAAAAGCCCUACAUGUGGCCAAAUCAUUCCAAUUUUAAAAAAGUUGGAGUCCCACUAUGCAGUCCAGGCCGAAGACUCUGCAUUUGCAAGAAACAUUAAGGAGAAAAUCUGGACUGACCUUUCAGCACGUUACCAGGUUUCUUUACAGAUACUCAUUUAUUUCCAGUCUUCAUGUGAAUGACUCACCGUUGUCCUUUCUUACUUUUUUUUAUUAAGAAUGAAAAUGUCCAUAACUUCCUGGAAGAAGCAACGGUGAUGGACCCUAGGUUCAAGUUGAAAAUAGACAGUGAUGCCAUUUGGGACAGGCUGAGCAGUCAGAGCAGGAAGACAACAUACCGAGUCUAGGACAAUCUCAGGAGGUGGAAGAGAAGCAACAGGAGGAGGUAGAAAACUAUACACCACAUAUAAAACACCCCAGGAAGACAGCCUUGGAGAAGCUGUUUGCGGAGGAGGAGCAUGAUUUACAAACAGCCCCACAACAGACUCUGACAUUUUGUGAACGACUGGACCGAGAAAUACUGAUGUACAGAGCCAUACCUUCCAUCUCUGUAUCAGCGGAUGCUACUCUUUGGUGGUGGCAGAAGAGGGACACGAUGCCUCUUUUGGCUGAUCUUGCCCAAACAUAUCUGUGUGUUCAGGCAUCUUCUACCCCUUCUGAGAGGGUGUUCUCCACUGCUGGAGACACUAUUAAUCGAGAGAGAGCUAGGAUUCUCCCAGAAAAAGCAGAUAUGCUUAUUUUUCUUCAUAAGAAUUGUUAAAUGAAUCAAAUUUGGUUCAGACAUAUUUCAUUGCAAGCCAGUUUUUCACUGUUAGGCUUCCAUCCCUAUUUUUAUAGAGAACUGUUCAUUCUAUAUUAGGAGGAAGAGUUUAUGACUUGUAAGAUUGUUAUGUUUACAGAAUAUUUUAUUUUGUAAAUCUUAUUUAUUUUUUAGUUUUCUUACUCAAGUGUAAACUUUAAAACAAAUAAAACCACUUGUUUUGCACGAAAAAGCAAUUGACUACUUUUUUCCAAAACCUAUUAGGAAUUGUUAAGAGCAUCGUUAAAGAAUCGUA